CCGCCUGAAUGGGGAUGCGCCUGCGCCGCCGCGGCAUGCCACAAGCCAGUCGGCCGCGCGCUCUAACACGCGGAGGACGCUUACUACCGUAACACAGGAUAAUACGGAGCUGAACAUGAGGGGUCUGUUACUGCUGGCCCUAGCGGUCGCUGUGCUGUGCACCGUCGACGCGGAGCGUCACCGGCGGCGACACCGGCGCCUGCGCACCACGAGCACCGAGCGACCCACGCAGCCCGAGCUGGCGGCGCCCGUGCGCGAGGACUCGGAGGCCGAGCACCUCGAGCUGGGCAUGGCCGAGAGACUCGACGAGAGGCGCUUCCAGGAGGCUGAGAGAUCCCGCGUUAACGAAAUCCUGAACGAAGCGUCGCACGAGGGCGGCGGUGAAAACGAAGUACUCGUUGAUGACCCGUGCCUGAAGGUGCACUGCAGCGCGGGCCGCGUGUGCGAGAUCGACGAGCACGGCGACGCCGUCUGCAACUGCAUCAAGGAGUGCCCCUACGAGACCGACUCGCGUCGCAAGGUGUGCACCAACCACAACGAGACGUGGACGUCGGAUUGCGAGGUGUACCAGCAGCGCUGCCUGUGCCUGGACGGGUCCGAGCUAUGCCGCGGGCCGCAAUACCACCACGUGCAGAUCGAGUACUACGGCAUGUGCCGCGAGAUGCCCGAGUGUAACGAAAACGAAAUGCUGGACUUCCCGCGCCGCAUGCGGGACUGGUUGUUCAACAUAAUGCGCGACAUGGCCGAAAGGCGCGAGCUCACGCCGCACUACCUGAAGAUGGAGCGCGAGGCCGAGUCCAACCUCACGCGCCGCUGGACCAACGCAGCCAUCUGGAAGUGGUGUGACCUGGACGCGCACGACAACGACCGGUUCGUGUCCCGGCACGAGCUGUUCCCGAUCCGCGCGCCGCUGAUGGCGCUGGAGCACUGCAUCGCGCCCUUCCUGGACCGCUGCGACGAGGACGACGACCACCGCAUCACGCUGGCCGAGUGGGGCAAGUGCCUGCAGCUGGACGAGUACGAGCUGGAAGACCGCUGCGACGAGUUCACCGAGGACGCGCCGAACCACUUCUAGCGCAGCGGCGGCGGUGCGCCCACGCGACUCAUCCUCACUUCAAGCUCGAGUGGUCAAUAAUUAUGCCUAAUUAUAAUUAUGUUUCUGUUACAUAAUUAACUAGAAAUAAAAUAGUUUCACAUAAAUCGCAACGAGCGUUUGUAAAUAGCUGUACUGUGAUGAUGCUACCAAAACUUUAAUAUUUUAUUAUAAAGUGAAGAAAA